UCGUUGUGAAAAUGUUAAAACGCACAGAAUUUGUUAUAUUUUAUCAUUAUGUUAACAACAAACGGAAAUUUAAACGUAGUAAACCGGAAUCAGCUGUUUAAAAUUAAACAAUGGCGUCUGAAGUUGCUGCGUCGAAGAUCAUUUUCAGAGGUUAAGUGUCAUGGUAACAAAAUACGUGAUAUAAAAUAUCUUAUACGAAGGAAUACAAGUAGUAUAAUUAAAAAUGGAGAAGUACUCUCAUAGAAAAGAUUACAGUAAAUCAAAGAAAGAUGAUAGAGAUCGCUAUAAGGAUAAAGUUUCACGCAGGGAGAGUGACAGUGAUUAUGAUAGUCGUUCUAAAAGUUCAAAGCCAAGACAUAAACUCUCUAAGAGUUCCAGUCAAAAAUACAAAAAAUCCAGGCAUAGAGACUCUUCAGAAUCACGUGCAUCCCGUAAGAAAUCUUCAAAACACAAAAGCAGAAGAAGAUCGUCGUCAUCGUCGUCUUCAACAUCAUCAAACUCAAGUGAAUCUAGUAGUUCAACCUCUUCUAACUCUUCAUCAGAUUCUACGAAACUUUUAGAAAAGUUACAGAAACAACGGCAGAAGCAAAUUGAAGAAAGAAAGCGUCAAAAAGAGUUAAUGAAAGCUACAGAAACACCAGAAGAGAAAAGAUUACGUCGUUUAAGAAAGAAGGAAGCUAAAGAACGCAAAAGAAAAGAAAGAAUGGGAUGGGAUAAUGACUAUUUACAUUAUACAAAUACAGAUAAUCCAUUUGGUGAUGGAAAUUUGCUUUCCACAUUUGUGUGGUCUAAAAAACUUGAAAAAGAGGGUUUACUUGGUGUAAGUAGGGAAGAACUAGAAAUUAGAAAUAGGUACAAACAGGAAGAGAAUAAAAGGGAGUUAGAGAAAGUUAAAAAAAGAAGACAAGAAAGAGAAUUAGAAAGACAACAAAGAGAAGAGGAAAUGACAAUGUUACAAAGAGGGAAAGAAGCUGCUCAGCUGGAACAGUGGGCAAGACAGGAAGAUCAAUUUCAUUUAGAGCAAGCAAGAUUAAGAUCACGAAUUAGGAUACAGGAUGGUAGGGCAAAACCAAUUGAUCUUCUUGCAAAGUAUAUAAGUGCUGAAGAAGAAGUUGAUGCGGUAGAAAUGCACGAGCCGUAUACUUAUUUGCGUGGAUUGCACGUAAAAGAUUUAGAAGAUCUUAUCGAGGAUAUCAAAGUUUAUAAAGAAUUGGAACGCGGUAAAAAUUUGGAUUAUUGGAACGAUAUUACGGUGAUUGUAGAGGACGAGUUACACAAACUACGUAAAUUAGAAAGAUCAGAAUACGAAGUUGCCGUUGGCCGAAGAGAAGGAAUACACGAAUCAGUAGCCAAAGAUGUGACUGCUAUUUUCAAAGGAAAAACGGCAGCGCAAUUAGAAGCUUUGCAAUUACAAAUCGAGGCAAAGAUUACAGGAAAACCUGAAGGUGUUGAUAUAGGAUAUUGGGAAAGUCUCCUAUCCCAACUGAAAGCGCACAUGGCGAGGGCACGGUUAAGAGAUCGCCAUCAAGAAAAUUUGCGCAAGAAGUUGGAGGUUUUAAUUGCUGAACAAGGAGUAGCGCGAACGGAAAAUGAACCCGAGAGUUCGCAAGCAAAUGCUGAACAAUCGGGAAAACAAGAAGAAUCGUCUACCAACACGGUUGUAGAAAAGAGUGAAGAUAGUCAAACAGACGAUGAUCAAGAAACUAAUAAUGCAGCGGAUGACCUCUUAUCAGAAUCCUUUUGCGAAUAUGAAUCAGGAGGUUAUUCUCCAAAAUAUAUACUUUAUUCUCAACUGGAGCCAGGAACGUUGGUUACUUUGGAAGAAGAUGAUAAUAAACGAUUAGAGUAUGCAAGAAAUCAAGUACUUAGUACUGGACGUAAAAUUCAAAAUGUAAUGACCGCAGAAGAACAAGCAAUGCAUAGAGAAGCUCGAAAAAAUAUGAGCUCUGAUGAAGCGCAAUUCAGUGUUGAAUCAUCUUUGGAAGCGCAAAUUUAUCUAUGGUCUGAUAAGUAUAGACCGAGAAAACCAAGAUACUUCAAUCGGGUUCAUACCGGUUUUGAGUGGAAUAAAUACAAUCAAACGCAUUAUGACAUGGAUAAUCCACCACCGAAAAUUGUACAGGGUUAUAAAUUCAACAUAUUUUAUCCGGAUUUGAUAGACAAGAAUACAACGCCUGAAUAUUUUUUGCGUGGGAUGUACGACCAUCCGGAGAGACCAAAGACCGCGAAUCUCGAGAAGCCGAGCGUGUUGGACCCGGAUUUAGUCGAUAAACUGGACAUGUCUGUGUUGAGCAAAGAAUUGCUCGUCCACUCUAUGACAAGGUUUCGCCUGUCAAAAGCAAUCGGUGGUGGGACGUCGUCGUUCCCAUCGUCGUCAAGGUGUCGGCAAGACGUCACUGUUGGCGAACAACACCAACCGCAGAGUCACGCGUCGAACGGUGCUGCGUGGUGCAACGGUUCCUUAUCCGCACGCUACAAACGACGUAGUUUCGAGCAAAUUUUAGAUUCGAGGUUGGUCAACUUGGAUACGUUCGUUGAAUCACCGAGAAUGCAAAAACAAGCAAGGAUCAUCAACCAGGAAACCAUGACGACGAAGAAGAAUUCAGACGGCAGGAAGUUGGAUGACAAUAAUAAUAGAAGCAAACCGCCCAGCCACAAGGUACCCUCAUUGUCAACGUUGAAGAAGAAAAAUUCAAAGCCCGUCAUUCAAACUGAAUUGGAGGUGUUCACUUCCUCCUCGUCGAAGAAUGCUCCGGAACCUUGCAAAAGUUGCGGGAAACCGGACCAACCGGAGCGGUUUCACAGUCACCCGAAAAGCGGUCAGCCUAAGACGAAAGAGAGUCCGGCGAGCACGAAGACGAAGGCAACGGUACCAAAAACCGUGCAGAAGCCCGUGGCCUUGCACUUCCGUAGCGAUAAGAGCAAGAACAAAAGCGAGGAAAUGGUCGCUGUCGAGGUGAAGUCGAAAUCGAGCAAUCCAUCGCACAGACCGUCGUCGGCACCGAUUAAGAAAGGACCAAGGACCAUUACUUGUUACAUAUGCGGACGUGAAUUCGGCACCGCCAGUUUUCCUAUUCACGAGCCAAGAUGCAUGCAAAAAUGGGAACGAGAAAACAACGCGUUACCGGUGAAUCAAAAACGACCAACUCCUCAAAGACCCGACGUUGCGAUCAAUCAUUCAGAAUGGAAUACAGCAGCAUGGGAAGAAAGUCAGGCGCAGCUGGUCCCCUGUCCAAAAUGUGGAAGAACAUUUUUCCCAAAUCGCUUAAUGGUACAUCAAAGAAGUUGCAAAGCUCCACCAAAGAAUUUUGAAUCAGAAAAGUCAGAAAGCCCCAUUCUGGAAAAAUCUGUCAAUGUCUCACGGGUGACUCCACCUACGGUCACUUGUAAAAUUUGUGGUCGAAAUUUCGGCACGAGAAGCAUUAAGAUACACGAGCCUCAGUGCAUGAAACGAUGGCAAUUCGAGAAUAACAAUCAAUCAAUGCAUUUGAGAAGAAAAGAUUCAACUGGUCAACUGAAGUUAGAACCAACAAGCGUACAAGAAAAUGUAAUCAGCCCAAUAGGGGACAACGGACUGAAGAAAACAGUCACGUGCUACAUAUGUGGCAGAGAUUUUGGCUCCAGUAGUAUAGCCAUUCAUGAGCCGCAAUGCUUGAAAAAGUGGCACGUGGAGAACGACAAAUUGCCACCGGAUCAGAGGAGGAAAGAACCGGAGAGACCUGAAACUGUUUACACUCGCGAUCCAGCAUCAGGAGAUAUGGUAAUUGACAUAACAGCAAUGGCUGAGGCCAGCUGGAGAACACACUUGCGUCAAUUAGUCCCAUGUAAACGAUGCGGAAGGACAUUUAAUCCUGAUCGCGUAAUCGUCCAUGAAAGCAGUUGCAAGGGAACCCGUUAAUUAAAGGAUCAUCUCUUGAGCAACUAGAGCACCCCUACACAUUUAUUUCUUACAUAAUAUUUAAAAAGGUUUUGUAUGUUUCAUAAAAUGUAAAAAGUUGUAUUUUUUAUUCACGUUAUUGUUCUGUUUAUGUUCUAAAAGAUACAGUCCAGUAAAAUGCACAUAAUUUUAAAGAAAUCAAUAUGAAAAUGUAGUUAAUGAUCAUAGACACAAUAUUUACACUCUUAUGAAAUGAAAUACUUUCACCGUAUGUAUAUGUAUAAUAUAUGGAUGAAUGUACAUUGCACAGGCAACGUUCCUAAAAAUGAAUAUUUUAUAAGAAAACGCACAAUCGUUACAAUUUUCUUAACAAAUAAGUAAUAUCUUUUGUACACAAUAGCAAUAACGCAGAUUUUCAGUUAUGAAAUGAACGCAGUAUUUUGUACUAGUAGAUCAGAAAGUAAGAAAAUAACAUUUAACGAUAAAAUAUAUCCGUAUAUAAGCAGU